AUGUCUUCACAACAGCAGCAACAGCAGCAGCAGCAGCAGGUGAAGCAGCCCUGUCAGCCACCCCCUGUCAAAUGCCAAGAAACAAAUGCUCCAAAAACCAAGGAUGCAUGUGCUCCCCAGGCCAAGAAGCAAAGCUCACCCAAGGGCACAGCCAUCCCAGCCCAGCAGAAGAGUCCCUCAGCCCAGCAAGCCCCCAAGAGCAAGCCGAAAUAAGGAGGGGCGGGGUACACCUGCCC